AUGUUUUCUUCAUCCGAGUGCAUCACCUGGUUUGCUGUAUUCCUUGCCGUGUGUGUUGCUAUAGUAACAGUGAACCUUAUAUCAAUUGCUCUUUUCAUAAAAAACCGCAGUCUUCGCACUCGUGCCACGUACCUAGUUAUAAACCUGACCAUAGCUGAUAUGUUUGUCGGAGGAUUUUAUCUCCCCGUUCCAUUUGUAAUCUUAUCAUGCUUAUGCGACAUUGUGAAAAUGAACUUAAGCCAGGAACUGUUAGUACUGUUAGUGAUAAUUUUCUUUCUCAAAAUCUGGUUUCUUCUGACCUCUCUAACAAACAUUGCAGUGAUUUCAUUAGAUCGGUUGCAUGCAACAAUUCGUCCCUUCAGGCAUCGCCUCAUCAAAAAGUGGGUCUACGGGGUAACAAUUGCUGGUGUCUGGGUUUUAGCUGCAAUGGUAACUGCCAUGUGCUUAAUUCCACUACUUCGAUUUAGAGAAUAUUUAUUUGGUAUUUACUUUACGCAAUCAUACUGUUGUUUGUGUCUAUUUGUUAUCUGUGUUUCUUACUCCAUCAUUAUUGUUAAAUUUUUGUGUGGAGCGCAUCCCCAGCACCAUGGUGCAGCCAACAGAGAAAGGAAACUGACCGUAACAUUAUUCAUAACGACUAUCGUAUCCUUACUGAUGUGGCUACCAUAUGCGGUUUAUACUUUUGUUUUUCUUGGUAUCGUGAAAUUCCUUUCUUUCCAGGAAUUAGAACUACAUUUGCACUUUUCUUUAACGAUUCUAUAUUUGAUGAACUCGCUUGUUAAUCCCGUCGUUUACACAAUCAAAAUGCCAGAGUUCAGGAAAGCUCUCCUGCUGUUAUUUAAACGUCAACGAAGACAAAAUGCCCAAGUUAUUCCUCUUCAUGCGCUUUAA